UAAAUACAUAUAACCAUUUCUUUCUAUCAUCAACAAACAACAAGCAAUAUAUCCAAGAGAUAACUUGAAUCUUUUCAUACAUCUUCAAAAGGAUUCAAACUUUCAGAAAAGAAAAGAAACUAGAAAUGGCUUUCGUGAGAAAUCUACUCGGUGCAAAGAAGAUUCUUGGCCGAUCCAUAACAGCAGCAGCACCAAGAAAAAGGGCACCCUCGUCGCCACCAAAAGGAUUUCUUGUGGUGUACGUAGGAGAGAGCCAGAAGAAGAGAUAUGUGGUGCCAAUCUCAUACCUGAGCAAGCCUUCUUUUCAAGCUCUUCUUAGCAAAUCUGAAGAAGAGUUUGGGUUCGAUCAUCCGAUGGGUGGCUUAACCAUCCCUUGUCCAGAGUAUACUUUCAUCAAUGUGAUUUCUCGGCUUCGAUGAUGAUCAUGCAUCCACCAUUUUCUUCUUAGAAUUAGAGUUAGACGUCUUCAUUGUAUAUAGAUGUAUUUUUAUAAUUUCUUUUCGGAAGAGUUCUUAAGUUUUGAAAGUAAAUACUCUAUUAUCGACACAAUCAUGAAUAAUGUUAUAUUUAUGCAUUUUGGAUCGAUCAUUGAAAAAGAUAUGACAACACCAAUUGAACAGCUAUUUAAAUUGUACUUUAUCUUCUGUUAAAUUAAACUAAAUGAGAGCAUUUAUCA